AAAUGAAAAUGAAGGCGGUGAUGCAAAAGAACAAGUCUUGAUUCUCGACAAGUCCAGAAGCACCUCAACUGAACAGACAGACGCCCAUUGCAUCCAUACUUCCAGAGUUCUCCAGAGUUUUUCUUACACACACACACACACACACAUUUAGCUUUAAAUGAAUUCCUCCAUCCCUCUCCCGUGCCUGCCUUGAGCUCAGCAAUCAAUCUAACAACAAAUUCUUAUCCGGCUGCUGUCAGAAACAGAAAACAGGAGGAUAUUACAUGAUGACGAUGAUGCUUUGCUCGCCAAGCCCCUCCUCGGUGGCUCCUCGCUCCUCCUUGUCGUCCCAAGCAGGCGCAGCCCCUCCAUUUGCUCUCAAUUCUCCUCCUCCCAACCUUCGUCUUUAUCCAAGAUGCUCCCGCUCCAAGCCUCUAACUUGGCCAGGGACAGGAGGAGGAGGAGAAGGAGGAGGAGGAGUGGUCAAGGCUAUGGCGUCUGAGAACAGUGACAAUCUCGAUCAUUUGCAAAGACAGAAUAACAAGCAGCAGCAGCCCAGGAAGAGAGCAUCCCCGCCGCCUUCCCCAAUUGGUUUAUGGGACAGGUUCCCGACGGCCAGAACAGUACAACAAAUGAUGGAAACCAUGGAGAGAAUGAUGGAAGAUCCGUUUGCAUACAACAGCGGAUGGGCAUCGCCUUCAGCGGCUGCGGAGCCCAGUGGAGGGUACAGCAGGGGAAGGACGCCAUGGGAGAUCAAGGAAGGCGAAUCGGAAUACAAGAUGAGGUUUGACAUGCCCGGAAUGACGAAAGAGGAUGUCAAGGUUUGGGUGGAGGAGAAGAUGCUGGUUGUCAGGGCAGAGAAGCUGCCCAAGACUCAAAGUGGGGACGAUGAGGAGGAGUGGUCUGCUAAGAGCUAUGGCAAGUACAGUUGUAGAAUAGCCCUGCCUGAGAAUGUGCAGUUUGAGAAAAUUAAGGCUGAGGUUAAGGACGGUGUCCUGUAUAUAAUUAUACCAAAGGCAACUAGCAGUGCCAAGGUUUUUGACAUAAAUGUUCAAUGACAGACAGAGAUCAUCAUUUGAUCAUCAAGUGGCCUGCCUGACUGCCUGCCACAAAAAGAAACAAAUCAAAGAUGAAUAAUGAGAAAUGUUUUGCAGUUA